GGUCUUUAGCUAUUUCAUUUUUUUAAAAAGAAAAACAAAGCAAAACAUCAAUGGCGUUUUCUACCCGAAGCUUUCACAGGAGCACAAGUUCCACUUUCCAGGCACCUGCACCCAGCCUAAGCAGUUCGGCUUACAGGAAAAUAGGUAUUCAAAAGUAUCAGGCACCUAGUGUCUAUGGGGGAGCAGGUGGCUAUGGAACCCGCAUUUCUACCAGUACCAAAUACGGAGGAGGCUUUGGAACUGGCUCUGGCAAUACCUUUCAGUUCAAUGUUAUUGGUAAUGACUUAUUUGCUGGCAACGAGAAACUGACCAUGCAGAAUCUCAAUGACCGUUUGGCUUCCUAUCUGGAGAAGGUACAUUCUCUAGAAAAGACCAACUCCCAGCUUGAAAAGCAGAUCAGAGAGUGGUAUGCAAAUAACUCCUCAAGUACAAGACAAGACUACAGUCCAUAUUACAAUACAAUUGAAGAACUCCGAAACAAGAUUGGUGCUGCACAACUGGAAAAUGCCCGGCUCAUUUUACAGAUUGACAAUGCCAAGCUAGCUGCUGAUGACUUUAGAAUGAAGUAUGAGAGUGAGCUAGCCAUCAGACAAGGGGCAGAAAAUGAUACUGCUGGACUGCUCAAAGUCAUUGAUGACUUGACCUUGACAAAGGCAGACUUAGAGUCACAGGUCGAAGGUAUGACUGAAGAGCUGGCUUUCCUCAAGAAAAACCAUGAGGAGGAAGUUGACAGGCUGAGAAAACAACUGGGUGGCACAGUGAAUGUAGAAGUGGAUGCUGCUCCAAGUAUUGAUCUUGCCAAGAUUAUGGAAAACAUGAGGCAGCAAUAUGAAAGCAUGGCACAAAAAAAUCGUCAAGAGGCCAAAGACCGGUUUGAUAGACAGACAGAAGAACUGAACCAGGUAGUAGCUGUCAACACUGAACAACUGAACUCCAAAAAAACUGAGAUCACAGACCUGAAGCGGACCUUCCAGAGCUUGGAGAUAGAACUACAGUCCCAGCUUAGCAUGAAAAAAGCUUUAGAAGACACCUUGGCUGAAACUGAAGCACGCUAUGGUUCACUACUAGCCCAGAUCCAGGCUGCAAUUGGCAAUGUAGAGGGACAGCUGGUACAGGUCCGAGCUGACAUGGAGCGUCAGAACAAUGAAUACAAUAUUCUCCUAGAUGUAAAGACCCGUUUGGAGAUGGAGAUUGCCACGUAUCGUCGCCUCCUGGAAGGAGAGGAUAUUGGAAGUCGUCAGUCAGAGUUAUCUAAAGCAGAGUAUGAGAAAGAAAUAAAUAAAAUUAGAAAAAUCAAGACAGUUGUUGAGGAAGUGGUUGACGGCAAAGUUGUCUCUUCCAAAGUUAAAGAGAUUGAAGAGAAGAUGUAAGUGGCAGCAGGAAGGAUAUGCCUCCAAGCUUCUCAGAGUGAUGGCAACAAUUAUAUGAUUAAACAAACAGUCCAAGCCAGGUCCCCCUGAAGUCAAUGGGAGGUUGAAAAAUCCCCAGGUUAUACACUGGGAAAAUGUGCUUUUCCUUUGUUUUUGUCUAUUAAUCAUAAUAAUUUUUUUUUAAAUUUGCAUCCCUAAGUUA